AUGAGAAUACUGGUAGUGGUGAAGCCGAGAAGACUUGAUGGUGAUGGUGAUGUUAGUGGUAGUGGUGAAUUCUCUCAGCAAGCAUCGAAGCAGAGCUGGAAGAAAACCGAUAGAGAAAUGGAACGCGUGUGUCGGAUAAACUACAGAAUGAAUUAUAAGAUAACAUCAUUCCCGAAGAGAACAACAAUUUUCGCCCAGGCUGCUGGCUUCAAGGUCGCGUGGGAGUUACCCACAAGCAACUUCUUGGACAAUCGUGUCGGCAGAUCCCUUUCUGACGUCCACGAGUCCGCGAAGCUCGUUUACGAGAGUCAUGGUUUCGAUGGACACUCCUGUCUUCUGAAAAACAUCUGUCACAUUCUCGAGUACGUAAAAUGGAAGGAUGGCGUUAUGGCGAAGAUAUUGAAAUUAUUCGUCGGGCCAUACAUUAAUAAUGACACGUCGACCGAUGCAUCGCCAGAUUUCUGUCGCGUUCACCUCGAAAAUUGUCCAUUAGAGUUUCAAGGGGUCAAUGCUUUUUCAGAGAGAACUUCCGAACCUUCAUCACAUAAUUGA